AUGUCCGUUCAUAAGUUUAAUUUGAUUUUGGUUGGCGAAGGUGGUGUUGGUAAAAGAAGUUUGGUUCAGCGCUUUGCAACUGGCAAAACUAUAACCUUCCAAACCACCUCUGGUAAAAUCAUUUUUAAUGUCUCGAUUGUCGAUCAAUAUCAAUUACAUGCUGGAACUGCAGAUAGUUCGUUUCGCUGGGCUGAUUGUGCUAUAAUCAUGUUUGAUCAUAGUUCCAGAGUGACUGGCAAGAAGAUUCCAGAAUGGGCAAGAGAGAUUUCCAGAGAGUCUCCAGGUAUCCCAAUUGUCUUGUGUGGUAACAAAGUCGAUAUUACAGGAGGAAAUGUUCAGUCGCCUAGUCCGGCUUUAGAAUGCUGUGGUAUCUCGGUCAAGACUGACUACAACUUAAAAAAACCAUUUUUGCUUUUAUCCAGAAUGUGUACUGGUAACAGUAACUUGGAAUUUUGCCACUAG